GCGUGAGAGAGAUUACCAAAGCCAGGGGCCGGCUCUUCUCAGCUACAUCGGUCCUGUGCAUUCCCUGCUGCCAGGUGCCUUUUGUACUGCCCCAGGUGUAGGCAGCAAACCGUAUGACCCACAUUUUGCAAUUCCCUGCUGACUGGGUGGGUUGUAGUGGGCACCCGCUCAGGGCAGAGGAGGGGUUGCAGCGGAUCACAUUGCCCCUUAGGAGCAGUGGCUCCCCCGGAGGCUCCGGCUGCAACGCGCGAGGACUACCAGCAGGGAGCUACAUGACAGACACCAACCGCCGUUUCAAGCGCCCCCCUUUUGCAGCACGUGGCUCCUAGAGCCUGCUAGCCCGAGAGAGCAACCCAGCCCGCGCCUACUACAAGUCCCAGCCUGCCACAGGGCGGGGCAUCUCAUUUCCCGGCGUGCAACGCUCCACAGCAAGACCGGCCACUGACCCGCCUUGGGCUGCUGCAACUCCCGACAUGCAACGCGGAACGAAAAGACUGAAUGUCCCUGAACCCUCGGGAAAACGACCAAUCCGGACUAUAGUACCCGGCAUGCUGCGCAACCAGCGCCUCGCUGCAUGUUGGGAGAUGUAGUCUCCAUGCGCAGCCGCUGCGCCAACCACGCCUCCCAUUGUCGCCUAGUUGCCUGCCUCUCGCAAUAACGCUACGGGCGGUGGCUACGCUUCCCUGUAUUCAGAGAGGGCCUGUGCACACUUUCCCCACGGCCCUCCUAGCCGGGGCUGGCUAAAAGGGGCGUAGCCGCCGCUAUGGCCGGUUGUUGUCAGUCGCUGGCAGCGGGUUAUGGCGACGGCGGUGAAUGAAUUCUCCGGGCGGCAGAGGGAAGAAGAAGGGCUCAGCCGGCUCCAGCUCCCCGCCCCAGGCGCCCGGAGCCUUCCCCUCCUCCCCGGCCGGGCCGGCUCCCCCCCUGCAGCAGCAGGCGGCGGCGGGGGCGGCCGCGGCGUCUCCCCAUAAGCGGAACCUCUAUUACUUCUCCUACCCGCUCUUCGCCGCCUUCGCGCUGCUCCGCUUCGUCGCCUUCCAGCUCGGGCUGCUCUUCGCCUGGCUCUGCGAGCGCCUCUCCCGGGGCGCCCUCAUGGCCGCCAAGGGCAGGGCCGGGGCCGGCGACGCGCCCGAGCCCGGCGGGGCGCCCGAGACGGUGCGAGCUUGUCACAAGCGAGCCUUCGAGUGCAUCUCCGUGGCGCUGCGCAUCGAUGAGGAGGAGAGAGCAGGACAAAAGGAACAAGCUGUUGAAUGGUAUAAGAAAGGAAUUGAAGAACUGGAGAAAGGAAUAGCUGUCUUAGUUAUUGGUCAAGGUGAUCAGUGUGAACGAGCUCGACGACUGCAGUCUAAAAUGACGACGAAUUUGGCUAUGGCAAAGGAUCGUUUGCAGCUUCUAGAGAAGCUGCAGGCAGUUUUGCAAAUUCCCAAGCCGCAAAUGGAGGUCUAUAAUGACAGUACUAACCUGGCAUGCCGCAAUGGACAUCUCCAGUCAGAAUGUGGAGCUGUUCCAAAAAAGAAGGAUCCAUUAACGCACACGAGUAACUCCCUUCCUCGUUCAAAGACUGUUGCAGUUGCAAAAACUGGAUCUACAGGCCUUUCUGGUCCUCAUAGAACCCCUAGUUAUAGUGGGAUAUCAACUUUCUCUGUAUCUAGACAGGGAGUCAAUCCUGCAGCUUCGACACACAAGGCUACUUCAAAAAAUAGCCGAACAAACAAGCCUUCUACUCCUACAACUGCUGCUCGAAAAAAGAAAGACCUGAAGAUAUUUAGAAAUGUUGAUAGUAAUCUUGCUAAUCUAAUUCUGAAUGAAAUUGUUGACAAUGGACCAGCUGUCAAAUUUGACGACAUAGCUGGGCAAGAGCUGGCUAAACAAGCACUGCAAGAAAUUGUUAUCCUUCCCUCCCUUAGACCUGAGUUAUUUACAGGACUUAGAGCUCCUCCACGUGGAUUGCUGCUGUUUGGACCACCAGGAAAUGGGAAGACUAUGUUGGCCAAAGCAGUUGCUGCAGAAUCGAAUGCAACCUUCUUUAACAUAAGUGCUGCAAGCCUAACUUCAAAAUAUGUAGGUGAGGGGGAGAAACUAGUGCGUGCUCUUUUUGCAGUAGCCAGAGAACUUCAGCCAUCUAUAAUUUUUAUAGAUGAAGUUGAUAGCCUUUUAUGCGAAAGAAGAGAAGGUGAACAUGAUGCUAGUAGGCGUCUAAAAACAGAAUUUUUAAUAGAAUUUGAUGGCGUACAGUCUUCCGGAGAGGACAGAAUACUUGUAAUGGGGGCAACUAACAGGCCACAGGAGCUGGAUGAUGCUGUUCUCAGACGAUUCACCAAACGGGUGUAUGUAUCUUUACCAAAUGAAGAGACGAGAUUGAUUUUAUUAAAAAAUCUUUUAAGCAAGCAAGGAAGUCCAUUGACCCAAAAAGAGCUGGCACAACUAGCCAGAAUGACAGAUGGAUACUCAGGAAGUGACUUAACUGCCUUAGCAAAGGAUGCAGCACUGGGCCCUAUUCGAGAACUAAAACCAGAACAGGUAAAGAAUAUGUCUGCCAGUGAGAUGAGGAAUAUCAGAUUGUCUGAUUUCACAGAGUCUUUGAAGAAGAUAAAGCGCAGUUUGAGCCCUCAAACCCUGGAUGCAUAUAUUCGCUGGAACAAGGACUUUGGUGAUACUACCGUUUGAAGAGCUGCUGUAUAAAAGUGAGGAGAAAGUGCUGCCUGCAAUGAGCAAUUGAUACAGACUGUGGGAAUACAGCCAGAGUUUACAGGACUUCACAGAUCUUUUAAAUAUCUGCACUGGCAACUUGAGAUUGAUUGAUUGAUUGAAA